UAUUAAAAACCCGAAAACGCCAAAUAGAAGAGAAAAAUUAAAACUCCUAACUCCCCUGAAAAGUCUUUCAGAUUAUCACAAUUGGUCCCCAAUAUACCCCCUAAAUAACUAUUCUUGCCAUUCAACUUUCUCUCUCCUUUCAACAGAUCGUCCCUCUGAUCCUCUCUCUCUACAUUUUUAGCUUCAAGCUUUCUCAACAAUGCCGGUUUUGUGAAGCUGUCUCACUAGUUCUCUAUCUACCUUUUUCCCUUGCAAAGAAUUUAUUUCCAAAUACUUGUAAUAUUUCUAUUUAAGUUUUGGUAUUUUUGGUGCUUGGAAAAAUAUGAAAUGCAGCUUCAUUUUGAGCUAAGUUCUUGUUGGAAAUGGCGGAGUAGUGAACCCGAGCUUCCGAUCUGUGGUUCUAGCUUUUGAUUUUAAGAAGACAGAAGGCUACUUUUACGAGGCUUUUCAGUUUCUAGUUUUGCAGAAAGAAGAAGAAAAAGCUAGGGUUUUUAAGAGGGGGAAUUUGUGGUUUUCCACGUUAAUGAUGGAUUUGAGGGUUUAGGAUUUUAUUUUUUUGAAAAUGAAUAGAAGUUUUAGGGCAGAAGAGUCAGCGUUGAGGCAGAGACAACAACAACAAAUGGGGAGUCUGAGGAGCUCGGGAAUGAAGGAGAAGGACGAGGAGCUAACAUUGUUUCUGGAAAUGCGAAGAAGGGAAAAGGAAAGAAAUGAUCUUCUUCUUCUUCAGAACUCUGAUGAAUUUGAUGCUCCCCUUGGUGCAACAAGAGGUAGUUCUCCUAUUUUUGACAUUGCAUCAGCAACUCCGGUGCGGAAGACUGGUGCUGAUGAUUUCCUCAAUGCUGACAAUGAUAAAAAUGACUAUGACUGGCUAUUAACACCUCCUGGUACUCCUCUUUUUCCUUCACUUGAGAUGGAGUCGCAGAAGACGGUAAUGAGUCAACUUGGAACUCCUAAAGCUCGUCCUACUGCAUUGAAAUCUAGAUUGGCAAAUCCCCAAGCCGAGCCAACGUCAAGAAGCAACUUAUCGUCUAGACAGCCAGUUUCCUCUCCUGUAUUAAAUAAUUCAAGUUCAGGCCUCCGGAGACCAUCAUCUUCAGGUGGAUCAAGACCUUCAACUCCCACUGGACGACCGACUUUAAGCACAACAUCUAAAUCCACUUUGACCUCAGGGUCUAGACCCUCAUCUACUGCAGCAUCCAGACCGACAUCUAUUACAACCUCUAAAACAAUGUCAACCACAACAGCAUCUAGACAAUCAAGGUCUGCAACACCUACUUCUCGUGCCACUUUGACUUCUGCUAAAGCCACAGCACCUCCAAGAUCUUCAACGCCUACUGCAAGGUCUAGUGCAAGGUCCUCAACGCCAACUACCAGGGCGUCUAUUCCUGGAUCAAAGUCCGCAUCAAGGACAGCAACUCCAACACGUCGGCCACCUUCAAUGACUAGUACAACUAAUACAAAUGCUCCACUGGUUAGAUCUUCAUCUGCCUCUUCAGCUAAGUCAGCUACAGCUACAGGUUCAGCCAGAAAUCCUUCAGCCUCACGUCCUAGUUCUCCCACUAUAAAGCCCAGACCAUGGAAGCCUUCAGAUAUGCCAGGAUUCUCCCUUGAUGCGCCACCCAAUUUAAGGACAUCAUUAUCUGACAGACCAAUUUCUGCUACAAGGGGUAGACCUGGAGCUCCAAGUGUUAGAUCUUCAUCUAUUGAGCCAGCUUCAAAUGGAAGGAUUAGACGACAAUCAUGCUCUCCAGCAAGAGGACGUCCUCCUAAUGGUGUUACGCAUAGCAGUGGAAGCUCUGUACCUAUCCCAGCUAUGAGUCGAUUGCAUGCUAAAGCUAAUGACAAUGUAAGCCCUGUUAUGGUUGGAAGUAAGAUGGUUGAAAGGGUAGUAAAUAUGCGGAAGCUGGCUCCUCCAAAGCAGGAUGAUAAACAGUCUCCACGGAGUAACUUAUCUACAAAGUCUUCAUCACCUGACAGCUCAGGCUUUGGAAGAACAUUUUCAAAGAAAUCCCUGGAUAUGGCUAUUAGGCAUAUGGAUAUAAGGCGAAGCAUCCCAGGUAAUCUACGCCCUAUGAUGACUAAUAUUCCAGCAUCCUCUAUGUACAGUGUGAGAUCAGGGCCUAAUAGAAGCAGGACAGUAAGUGUAUCUGAUUCUCCACUUGCUACGAGCAGUAAUGCCAGUUCUGAAGUGAGUUUUAAUAACAAUGCCCCGUGCGUGGAUGGGAUUGAAGCUGAUGAUGAUAUUAACAGCGAUAAAGGUGCUCGAUCUCCUCCCAGUUUGCACGGAAGGUGAUGAUUCUCCUUUCCUGCUGCAGGAUUUAAUUUCUAAUUUUAGGAGCAGUGAAGUAUGAGAAUUUUAGCACCUGAAUACCAUUGUUUAUCAGGAGAAACCAAUAGAUUUAGUUCACUUGAAUAUGUAAAGAUAUAUAAGCACUGGUUAGGUACUAGUUGAAGCCAUGUAUCAUGAGUUAUGUGCUGAAACCAAUUUUCCGUGUUAUUAUUCAUGAGAAAUGUGAUCUAGUUUCUUGUGCCAUUUGCACGAGACGUAUAUACAAGA